AUGGCACCUCUACGAUGUGCACAUAGCUACUGCUCAGCGCGGGCUUUUGUACAGCUGGCAAAGCGGCGUUAUGCUACCUCAGCCGCGCCAACAGCGACGGGCUGCCUCGAGUUCCUCGCGCCGCGAACCGCAGCCUCGCCACCUCGGACUACCAACGGCACAGCUCGGCCGCUCGCGAAACGGAGCGCUGCGCCUCAUGCUGCGCUGAUGACGAUAUCCAGACGAGCAUUCUCUUCCUCGGCGGCUCGGAGAGCGACAGUCUGCGUGCAGAACCCACUCAAGGACGAGGAUGGCAACGACAUGAUGCUGGAGAUGACCGCUCGUGCGGCAAAACGACUUUCUGAAAUCAUGGUCAAGGACAAGAACCCGAAUCUUGCUCUGCGCAUCCAAGUCGAAAGCGGCGGCUGUCACGGCUUUCAAUACCUCAUGAGCCUCAUCACGAUACCCCAAAAGGACGCCGCCGAUUUCGCCACUGUUGUCAGCGAAGAGGAUACCAUCUUUCAAUACGCCGGCGAAGAUCCCGCCGUGGGGACCAAAUACGACAACGCCCGCAUCAUACUCGACGAGCCCUCUCUGGACCUCCUGAAGGGCAGCAAGGUCGAUUUCACGAUGGAACUGAUUGGCUCGCAAUUCAAGAUUGUUGACAAUCCACUGGCCACGAGCAGUUGUGGCUGCGGAACGAGCUUUGAUAUAAAGAUGUAG